AUGUCCACGCGACUACCCGACCGAUCAGAUUCGAAGAGAGACCGAUCGCGGUCGCCACCCUGGCGCGAGCAGAAACAUCCCCGUGACGACAGAGAAUGGCGCGACAGACCAGACGCAACUCGUGGGUGGGACAAUGAGAGAUCGGGCCCCUCGCAGCAGCCUCGCAAUAUGCGCGACCAAGUUCGACUCAACAUGCUCCAAGAAGACCAGCAAGAGCGCGAGUGGGUCGCUCAAGAGGAUCUAUUCGUCUUGAAGCAAGCCAAGAAGAAGGCAGAAAUUCGAGUGAAGGAAGGGCGCGCAAAGCCCAUCGAUUGGUUAACGGUCACUUUGCGGGUCAUUGAUCCUACCCGCGACCCUUUGGACGAUGAGAUUGCAGAUAGUGACUUGGAUGUCGUGGACCCAGAUGGGGUGUUUGAAGGAUUGUCACAAACUCAACUACAGGACCUGGAAAAAGAUAUCGACACUUUUGUGAACCUGGAAACAAACCCCCAGAACCGUGAUUUCUGGCAGACCAUGAAAGUUAUCUGCCGAGACCGCCAAAAGACUGCAACCCCGGAAGGUCGUGCGCUGAGCUCUGUUGCCGCCGAUAUCAACAAACUUCUUCGAUCAAAGUCUUACGAGCAGCUCCAGAAACUUGAAGUACAAGUAAAACGGAAGUUGAACUCGAACGAGCCGAUCGAUACGGACUAUUGGGAAGAGUUGCUGCGCAGUUUGACUGUUUGGAAGGCUAGAGCGAGACUCAGGAAUGUGUAUCAAGCUAUCAUUGACGAGCGCGUCCGUGACUUGAGGAAGCAGCAAAAGGAUGAGGCUGAAUCGGUUCGGGAAAAACUAGCGCCACUUGCACCCAUCAUCGACGUGAACACAAGCAAUCCUGCGGAAUUUGACGGGCUGGACCCGGAUCCAUUACUUCAAGUUCGCGCCGAAGAUAAGGUUUUAGAGAUCAUGGACGAGUCAGCGUUCCUUGAUCAUGUGGCGCGUGAACGCCAGAAAAUCAUCCGUAUGGGCUUUGUCCCACUGCGACAGCGAAUGGCCGAAAAAUCCUCGGUGGUUGUGUCUAACCCUACCUCUACAAAUGCGGCUGCCUCUACGUCCACCCGAUUCUCAUCGAUCCCCAACGAAGACUUCUCCCAAGCUACCAAGGCGCUCUAUGAAAGAGAGCUCGCCAAGGGCGUCAGUGAGAACGAGGAAAUCUUCACUGGCGAAGAGGCCGUCAGCACGAGCUCGCGUCCGCAAUGGGAGGGCAAGCACCGACCCCGAAAGCCGCGGUACUUCAACCGGGUCCAAAUGGGAUACGAAUGGAACAAAUACAACCAAACCCACUAUGACCAUGAUAACCCGCCACCCAAGGUCGUACAAGGUUACAAGUUCAAUAUCUUUUACCCCGAUUUAAUCGACAAAACCAAAGCUCCGACAUACCGGAUUGAGCGUGAGAAUGGUCGCAAGCGCGGUGAGUCGUCGGCCGAGGCGGGCGAGGAAGACACAUGUCUCAUUCGAUUCACGGCUGGACCCCCAUAUGAGGACCUCGCCUUCCGGAUUGUCGACAAAGAGUGGGACUACAGUGCGAAACGAGAGAGGGGUUUCAAGAGUACCUUUGACAAGGUAUGCCGUGCUACUAUAUUCUCCAGGUUCCGCAACUGA